GGUGUGAUGUGAUUGACAGGCGGUGUGUGUGACAGACGGAGAGAGGAUCCUGGGCCUGGGGGACCUGGGCUGCUACGGCAUGGGCAUCCCUGUGGGCAAACUGGCACUCUACACGGCCUGUGGAGGCAUGCCACCCCAGCAGUGUCUGCCAGUCAUGCUGGAUGUGGGCACAGACAAUGAGGAGCUGCUGAAGGACCCUCUGUACAUUGGGCUGAGACACAAGAGGAUUCGAGGCCAGGCCUAUGAUGACCUGCUGGAGGAGUUUAUGAAGGCAGUGUCGGACAGGUAUGGAAUGGAUUGUCUUAUCCAGUUUGAGGACUUUGCCAAUACCAAUGCCUUCCGUCUGCUGAGCAAGUACCGUGACCAGUACUGCACGUUCAACGAUGACAUCCAAGGUACUGCUGCAGUGGCUGUGGCCGGCCUACUCGCUGCCCUUCGUGUCACCAAGAGCAAGAUGUCAGACCAUACCAUUGUAUUCCAGGGUGCAGGGGAGGCCGCGAUGGGGAUAGCUGACCUCAUCACGAUGGCGAUGGAGAAGGAGGGACUCCCCAAAGACAAGGCUCUGAGGAAGAUCUGGAUGGUUGACUCCAAGGGUCUCAUCGUCAAGGGAAGAGACCACCUGACCCAUGAGAAGGAGAGGUUUGCCCACGAACACGAGCAGAUGAGAAACCUGGUAGAUGUGGUGCAUGAGCUCAAACCCACAGCCAUCAUAGGUGUGGCAGCCAUCUCUGGAGCUUUCACGGAGGAAAUCAUCAGGGACAUGGCCUCGUUUAACAAGAGGCCGAUCAUCUUCGCUCUUAGCAACCCCACCAGCAAGGCAGAGUGCACUGCCGAGCAGUGCUACACCAUCACAGAGGGGCGGGGCAUCUUUGCCAGUGGCAGUCCAUUUGAACCCGUGACCCUCCCUGAUGGGCGGACGUUCUUCCCUGGCCAGGGCAACAAUGCAUACGUGUUCCCUGGAGUCGGCCUGGGCGUCACCGCCUGUGCAAUCCGACACAUCACCGAUGAGAUCUUCCUCACCACCGCAGAGACCAUUGCUGACCUGGUGACAGAGAAGGAUCUGUCAGAGGGAAGACUGUACCCUCCCCUGAACACCAUCAGAGAUGUCUCUCUCAAGCUGGCCGUGAAGAUCGUGGAGUUUGCCUAUGAGCACAAGUUGGCGACGCUGUACCCGGAGCCUGAGGAUAAGGAGGCUUUUGUGCGCUCCCUGAUCUACAGCCCUGACUAUGACGAGUUUGCUGUGGACUCUUACCGCUGGCCAGAGGACGCCAUGACCAUCCAGUCAUGCAAACUGUGAUGUGGUGGAGAGACUGAGGGCGAGGGACAUGGGGCACAAAGGAGAAGUGAUCCAGGAAGGGAGUGAAGGAGACUACAGAAAUGCAAUAUCAUCAAGACAAUGGUGAUUGUGGUUUUAAUGUAAAAGAGAAAAUAACUUCAUGAAUGUGAUAGAUAUGAGCCAAAAUAGACAUGAUCAAAUAAAAUGGUUUAAAUUAUUGUUAACUUCA